UAUUAUAAAAUUAUGUGCUUUCGAAUGAUAAAUAUUUAAAAUUUAAGUUUAGUACCCGUUAGCUGUUGGUUACGACAAUCAAAUUGAAAUUGGAUUGGAUGUGGCAGUGCCUGCGACCCUUUGACGUCGUGCAGAUAUUGGCUAGAAAUGCUCUCUAUAGAUGUGACCCUCCGCCAAGCAGUGGCCUUCCUGGCGCUCAACAUGCUGCUCCUGGCCGCUCUGGUCCGUCCGCAGAUGAACUUCAACGUUUUCGUGGAUACGUUCUUUCUGCGUGUCAAGUACUCGGCGGUGAUGGUGCUAAGCUACCGUUUCGAUAUCAACAUGGCAGUGCUAGCCGCACCACUGAGCGCCGUCACUGUCUAUGCCCUUUCCAAGUGGAACGAGCGGGCCGAGAAUCCCUCUUAAAAGAUGAUCAUCAUGGGUGUGGCAUGCUUGUACGUGCUGGUACUGGUGGCCAAUAUCCUGGCCAAUGGAAUAAUUGUGCAACAGGCACUCAUCCGUUUCGAUCAGUGUCCUUAUAAGGCCUGGCAUAUGUACGGCGAGAUGGCGAUGUCCUUCAUUAAGUCCUCGGUGGCGAAUUUGCAAGAGUUGUUUACUCGGCAGCAUCAUCGACGACCCCGGCUGGUAUAUCGAAUGCACUAGGUUUUGCUCAUAAAAAGCUUUCUGUUUUCAAAAUAAAUAUAAUAAAAACUGUA